AUGUCCUUGAUAGACACCGGGCCCUCAAUACAUUCACCAGUGAAUCAUAGCAAUAUGGAGUCUGGAUCGGCCUUCGGAAGCGCUGCCAUCGAUAUAGAAAAGUUGGAGAAAGAGAUAGCAGAGCAAGAAACGGCACGGCGCGACCGGCAACUUUUCGGCGACAUUGGAACGAGCGGGGCCCAGUCCUCUCAGACUACUUCGGGAAGUGCGCGUCGAGGCUUACAGGAGGUUUCACUCGAUGCCGCCGACAAUUUGGAUACUCUGGAAGAGCCCGUUUGGACGACGAUCAAGCGUGAGCUCGGUGCAAUGGCCGCGAAGUUCGGCCAAGUUUUGCUGCCACGCGUCGAGAACCGUGAGAAGCUACUUCGCGACUGGGAUCUUUGGGGACCGCUUUUCAUUUGCGUGACCCUGUCGCUUCUGCUCUACUACCGAAGCCAAAGCCUGGCUGCGCCGGCUUUUACCCAAGUCUUCUCCCUCUCGUUCUUCGGCUCGGUGGUGCUGACCACAAACAUUAAGCUGUUGGGAGGAACGAUUUCAUUUUGCCAAUCGCUCUGCGUGAUCGGCUACUGUCUUCUUCCUCCGACCGCCUCAGCUGCCAUCUGUACGACCGUGCUCCACGACAGAUUGUUCGUGCUGAGGCUGGUCGUCACCGGGAUUGGCUUCUGCUGGGCCACUUACGCCGCACUCGGCUUCCUGGCGUCGACAGUGGCUGAGAAGCGUCGCCUUCUCGUCAUUUACCCGAUCUUCCUCUUUUACUUCGUCGUCAGCUGGCUCAUCAUUUCGCAUGCA